AUGGACGAAAACGAGGUGAUGGCGGCGUUCCUGUGGAGCAAGCAGUCGCAGGAGAUGUACAGCAACCAGGGGCUGAAGGAUCUGCACCAUCUCCACCAGGACUUUAUCAUCAAUGACUACACCGACAAGAUAGCGACCAACAUCGAUCUGCUCGACACGGAGCUCAAGUUCGCCUGGGCGGCGCUGAACCUGUUGAACGAAGAGUACACGAAGAUGUCGGAGAAGGUGUUCAAGCUACAGUCGCUCAACAUAUCACAGCAACGGAUAGUGCAAAAUCUGCAGUUUAUGGAGGAGAACCGGAAAGCAUAUCUCGACAUGAUACCGGACUAUGCGAAGCAUCACGAAUUCUCGCUCCAGGAGCAGUCCCGGUUGCGGAAGGAUCUCGAGUACCGGGACCGUAUCAAUGAGGCGUUAAUAAACAGUGGCAUGAUACCGCUGCAGGAGGAGCAGGAAGAGUUUCUGCACCAGCAGCAGCAGCUGCACCUGCACCAUCAGCAGCAACAGCAAUUGUUCCACCAGCAGCUGCAGAACUCUGCGCAGAUGUAUCAUUCGGGAUCGCAGCUGGUACCAGGCGCUAGACACGGUGGAUAUGAGGGUAUGCAUCUGCUUGACCAACACCUGCACCUUCAGCAGCAACAGCAGCAACAGCUGCAGCAGCACCAACAACACCAGCAGAUGCAGCUGCAGUUUGAUAAUGAUUUUCUGAUUUUGCAACGCAACCUUGCAAACGUGCCGGAUGCUCAGGGGUUGCUGAAGCCCCAGCUAGAGGCAGAUCCGUAUGCUGCCGUGCCUGCAGCGGUAGUGUUACCGUCCCGUAGCGUUCCAUCCCACCCACCACCGGAGUUGCCGCGCAUGUCGACGAAUCCGUUCCUAUCCGCGGGCGAAGCGGACCGUGGUUUGCUCCGGAAUAUUGAACCGGCGGACAGUGCGGCCAUCAUAGAGGAGCAGUUGCGUACCUCCUUCCUGAACCAUGCGAAGCAGAUCGAGCUCGAGUUCGGUACGCCAAAGUCGAAGAAGUAUACGGCGGAGCGGAUCGAGAAGAUGCAAAGCGAGGAGGUGCGGGAAUUGAUUAACAAGAUCAUGAGUGAGGAGGACGUGGCGUCCCUCAGCAGCGAGGAGAUGGAUAAGGUGCGGUGCUUCAUGGCAAAGAAUUGUACCGAGCUGAUGGACGUGUUCGAUGACGAUCUGCAGGUGGUAUAUCCGGUGAAGUCGGCGGAGUUACUAAUGGCACGAAGUAAGCAAACCGUCACCGUCACAACCGCGGCAGGUGCAAGUCCACGGAAGGAGUUGGCAAAGUAUCUGCCGGAAGGCAUUGCCACGCUGACCAAGGACGAUCUGCUGACGGUGGAAAAUGGUACGAUUACGAUACAGGACAGCACCUCGGAGAACGACUUCCGGCUGAACCUAAGUACGGAGCACACUGCCCGGGCGAAUGAGAACGGAACGUCGCCCAAGAAGUUGAGCGAAUUCUCUCCAUUCGGGCUACAGGCUACAGCGGCGGCAGCCAUCUUAGGUACUAAUGAAACCGCUCUCGAUGGAUUCCACGAGGCACACACACUCGAGAUGGAACAGGGUGAGGUGUUGCAGAGCAAUGGACAUAGUUUGGACGGUAGCGGUAAGAUACGGAGUAAAUUGGCCCCCGAAGGUGACGUAGUGGAUGUGCCCAAAACGACUAUUCCACCAACGUUCGCCUGUACAAACUUGGUUGGUUUGACCAACGGUAAGGCGUUGUUUACUAACCUCAGACCCAACAUUACGGAGGCACUGGAGAUGACAUCCUGUGUCGCCUCACCUAGCGUCCUAUCGCACCAGCUGUCGAAUGGUGUGGAAACCGUUGAUGCUCGAACUGCGGGCCCGGGCAUCUGCUCGGAAGCCGUGUCAGGUGGUUCCGCAUUGCCUUCGCGCAAGGCUAGCAUGGUGGAUGCAACACCUAUUGCGGUAAAGAGUACCGUUACCGUUACGGACACGUCCGACACGGCCGCUAUUAUACAGGCCAUCAUAAGCCGUCGGUCGAGCGUGGCAGAGCCGUCGACCAGUCCGCCCACGUUUCAACCACUGCCCGGCCAAACGUCCAUUACUGACUCGCCUGAGAUGCAAGCCAUCUAUGACAGUCUUUCGCGGAAGUCGAGCAUCCCGACGCUCAGCGAUACGACGUUCUUUCCCUCGCUGGACAUUACGGAUUCCGGGUUUGCCGACACUAGUGAUAGUUUGGGCAUGUUCUCGCAGCUACCGCUCACCGUACCCGGUACGGAGGCUCCCAUCAGUCUGCCGGACUUCUCUACCAUGUCCGCCAUCUCGAACAUACCAGAUAGCUCCGACUGCUCCUCAUUCCUGCACAUGUCGAUGAACUCGUCCGGCAUCAGCGAGGCAUCUGAUAGUAUGGCUUUUAGCCAUCCGGUCUCCCAGGGCGGCCUGGAGCAGCACACGAAGGAAACAUUGGUGGUAACAGCGACCACAAUGUCGGCGACGAUCACCACGACGGUUGGUAAGCUACCGGCAC